AUGUCUGGGCGUCUGCAGGCGGAAGCGCAUGCUGAAGGGCAGAAAGAGGUCAUCACAGCCAAGAGCGCCUGCGGCAUGGCCUUGCGUGGAUCAGCUUUGCCGCUGCGUUACGUUCCGGACCCUUCAAAUCACGCACAAUUCCUGCCAGAACUCUUCAACUCAGCGGAGGAGGCGAAGGCCAUGGCAGAGAAGCUGAAGGCAGCGGGCGACGACAAUGUGCUUGAUGAGCCCAUCAACAUGCUGCCGCCCGUCCUGCCAGAAGGUGAAAAGACCCUGGACAUGCUGGGAGACAUGGGGCAGGAGGCCUUGACAGCCUUGGGCCAGGGCAAUCUAGGUUCUGUAGCGACCAUUGCUGGGAGUGCAGUCGAAGAGGGCCUUUCAGCGGUGCAGGAGGACGAAUUCCCCUGGGACAAAGUCGCCUUUGUCUUCUUCGGGUUCGCACUGCUGGCAAACAGUGCACAGUUUGUGUACCCGCUUCUCGAGGAGAUCUUAGAGGACGAAGAGGACGACUUCGACCGACUGCCCAUGCCAAUGAGGGCUGGCGCCCGGAAAGCCGUGAGCCAGAUCGAGGAGAUCGAUCUGAAGCUCCCUCCGAAGCCGAUGUCCGACACCAUCGCGGAGAAAGAGAAGUUGAAGAAGCCCAAGCAGCCGAAGCCGGACUUCAAGGAAGACGACUUCAAGAAGUCGGCAUAG